GCGCGAAUCAGAAAGAACUCACAGGUUGACAAAAUUCAGUCGGUAAAAAGUAACAACAAAAACAAAAACAAAAGCACGGAAAUAAUAAAGCGAAAAAAGCAAAACACAAACUGUGUACACUGAUUGUCAACAUAAAAAGGUGAUUGGUACGCGCGUCGAUCGCAUUUAUAUAUCGGAAGUGCAGUGAACAAUAUCUAAAAUAUAAAAAAAUAGUAAAAUUAAUAUGCACCUACUCACGUCAAAAGUAAACAUAAUAUAAAAUAAAAUCAUAAGCACACCAAUAAAAAAUAUCUAGAUAUCGAUGCAAUAUAUAUAUUAUUGUAUAAUAGUGAAGGAGAACAUUGCAAGUGAUUAAUUCUGAAGUGCCACGAGUUGAUAAGAGUUUGUGAAACAGCAAAAUUGUCCAAAGUGUCCAAGGAAAGACCCAGAAGACCCAGCGAGCGCAGCGCAAUAACCAGCAUAAAUGGAUAGCAAAUUGGAGAAAAAUGAGGCCGGCACUCAACGUAAAGGUUGGACGCCUCUUUUGGCAUGGGUUUGUUUUGCAACGACUCUUGGUACCGCGAUCCCCGUUGGAUAUUGUCUUGGAGUUAUGAAUACACCCGCCGAGUAUAUUAAAUCCUGGUGUCUCGAUGCAUUUGCGAUACGUUACAACGAGCAAUUGAGUUCAGCACAAGUCGAUCUACUUUGGUCGGCGAUCGUGUCUAUAUUUCUUAUAGGCGGAAUUUUCGGGUCAUUCAUAGCUGGAAGUUUUUGCAAUCGAUUUGGAAGAAAAGGAUCACUGCUGGUUAGCGCAUUCCUAUUGACCCUCUCCGGCAUUCUUCUACACUUUUGCCGAAUGACAAAUUCGGUGGAGAUGCUCUUAAUUGGACGCUUUACCAUUGGUGUCGCUGCUGCAAUUACCUACACCGUCCAUCCGAUUUACCUGCUGGAGAUUUCGCCAACUCACCUGCGCGGCAGUGCAGCCGUCUUCACAUCGAUCGGCGUCACAGGCGGUAUUUUCGUUGGACAAAUUUUCAGUCUGCAGCAGGUUUUCGGCACCGAAGACCUAUGGGAGUUCGCACUUAGUUUCUAUACAGUGUUUGUAGUGGUUAGUUUCCUUCCGGUCUAUUGGUAUCCGGAAUCGCCACGUUGGCUUUAUUUGAUGCGUCAAGAUGAGCCAGCGGCACGCAAGGAACUGCAACGUUUGCGCGGCAAGAAUUCCGAUGAGUGUGUGAAUGCCGAAAUAGCGGAUAUGAAAGAAUUGGUCGCAUAUGCAAACACAGAGAAAAUUGGUUUUUUGGCAGUUGUGAAGAAUCCCGAAUACUUGUUACCACUAGUGAUCUGCUGCUCAUUUCCACUGUGUCAACAACUGAGUGGCAUUAAUGCCAUAUUCUUCUACUCGGUGAGAAUCUUCAUGAAGGGCGGCUUUUCGCUGGAGAUUGCAACGUGGAUGAAUUUUGGAGCAGGCUUUUUGAAUUUAGUAUUCGCUAGCGUAAGUCCGUUAAUGGUGCAAAAUUUUGGACGUCGUUCGCUAAUGAUGUUUUCAGCUGGCGGCUGCGGACUAUCGCUCUUCGGCAUGGCCUUUGCCUUGAAUUACAUUGACCUUGUUAGUUGGUUGCCUAUUCUUUGCAUUGCCUUUAUUGCUUCGUUCAUAUUCUUUUUCAAUGUGGGCUUGGCGCCUGUGCCAUAUUUUGUGGGCGCAGAACUCUUUGAAGUCGAGUCGCGGUCGGUGGCCAUGUCGAUGGGCAACUUCUUUUCCUGGAGUGGCAACUUUAUGAUUGGAAUGUUCUUUCCCAUGUUGGAGGCUGUUUGGGGCUCUUAUGCCUUCUUACCAUGCGCGGCGAUGUGCCUGUAUUGUUUUCUGCUGACGUGGCGUUACCUGCCCGAGACUCGCGGAAAAGAUGUUGCUGACGUCAAGCCUUUAAUGGCUAAGGGUUUCCGUUCCAAAGUGCAUUGAUGAACUACUUUAAAUUCAAGUAAACUAAGAGUCUACAAGUGUGUAUAUAAAUCGCUGCGAGUGCUUUCAUAAUGACAUUCCUAGAGGUUUAACGUAAGAUGUGCUAGUAUUAAGAGGGUGCAUAUAUUAUCUUAUAUGCACACAUUUAUCUAUAGUUAUUUAUUUAUGCCUUCCUACUGCAAGCUUCAAUUCAUAUCUUUCUCAUGGAUUCAGAAUCUACCCAUGUACCUAUGUAUGUAUAUAUAGUUAUGUAAAGUGUUAAUUGCCAAACAUUGUUAAGUUUAAAAAUAAAAUUUGUCAAAAAUGCAA